CGUAACUCUAGGUGCUGAAGAACAGUGGUAAAAGGAAACAGUCUCUUCAUGGUUCAAGCUUCUGAAAAAGGACUACUCCUUUAGCCUUGUCGAGGAGCUGAAAGAGAAGAGCAUACCUAACUUCUGAAAAAAUUUCCCAUGUGCUGCCGUUGGCUGCCGCCGUGAGAGUGUUCAUGCAGCCACCAUGCGUAUACACAUACUAGAGGCUAUCACAGCAGAAGCCACCGUACGGAUUGCCGCAACCCUGCCCUGUAUCUAUAACCACAGGGCGAUCUGGUCUUGGCACCACUGAUUGAUUGAUCAGCUUUCGUCGAGAGGCACAUCACAGUAAGAAAUGGCGUGUGGGUCGGUGUGGAUGAUGAGGUACGCGCCGCACGCUCUGAUGGUGCUGGCGCAGGUGUUCUUCACACUCCUCUACUUCGUCACCGAGGCUGCCUUCAACCGGGGGCUCAACCCCUACGUCUACGUCACCUACCGCCACCUCCUUGCGGCUUGUGUCCUCUGGCCGUUCGCCUACUUCUACGAGAAGACGUUGAGGCCUAAAAUGACACUCAUGCUGUUUCUGGAGAUAUUUGUACUGUCACUUCUGGGGGGGAGCUUAACCCUGAACAUGUACUUCUCGAGCAUGAAGUACACAUCUCCAACUUUCGUCACCUCUAUGGUGAACGCCGUCGCCUCAAUCACGUUUGUCAUCGCCAUCAUCCUCAGGAUGGAGAUUGUAAACGUCAGGAGCCUGCGAGGACUCGCGAAAAUCGCAGGGGCCAUGGUGUCGUUUGCUGGGGUGACCACCAUAAGCCUGUACAAAGGAGCGGCGAUAAGGAGCCUCUGGAAGGCCCCUAUUCACAUGCACGGCAGCGGCGUUGCAGUGGCACAUGAAAGCUGGGUGAAAGGAUCACUGCUUGCGGUGGCUAGCUGCAUAUGCUGGUCAAUCUGCUUCAUCUUGCAGGCGUCGUCUGUAAAGAGGUACCCAGCCAAGCUCUCGCUGACGGCAUGGAUCUCAAUGGUUGGAGGGAUGCAGGCGGCGGUUUUCGCGGCGUUUAUGCAGCGCAACCUGGAAGAUUGGCUCAUAGGCUUCGGCCUCAAGUUCUGGUGCAUCGUGUACACGGGAAUCGCCUGCAAUGGCUUGACAGUUUUCAUUCAGCUGUGGUGCAACAAGAAGAAAGGCCCCGUCUUUGUUACCAUGUUCAACCCCCUCUUGACGGUCAUGGUGACCACAGUAGCCUACUUCAUCUUUGGUGAAAAUCUAUACGUCGGGAGCAUAAUUGGAGGGGUCCUUGUGAUUCUGGGCCUUUACAUGUUGCUAUGGGGCAAGGACAGAGAUCAAGAGCACAAAGCCACCAAAGAGCAGGAUUCAGGGUUGGACUGUGAGAAGCAGGAGACGGUAAUAAGCGAUGUUUCUUCAGCAUGGAACGACAAACGGACAAAGCACUGAAGAUGGUGAAGUGAUCAAAAGGAUUCAGAACUGAAAGCCUAAGCCCCGUGCCCAAUUCUACUCCAGACUCCAGUUUGUAAUGCACAAAAUUUUCUCUGAUAAAUUCUCACCUUCACUAUAAAAACAAGGCAGCUAGUAAGGAAAACAUUUGUCAGAUAGGAUCCAGGUGUAUGCAAAUUCAGUAGCCAAAAGGAAGAAAAUUGGAAAGGAUCAGGAACACAUCAUGUACAGUACAUCUUGCUCACAAAAUUGAAUGAUAAGCACUCAAGAACAGCAUCUCAAAAAUAAAACCGAACGGUACUAGCACAGCUGCAUCGAUGUGAGAUGGGGCCCCGUCAAGCGUCAGGCGACUUUUACACGCAAGUCGAGAUGUUCUGGACUUAAGAGGAAGGCUUGGAGGUAGGAUUUUCGCAUAGUCCCAUCAUUUGCGGAUUGCAGCUCUGAUCCAAGAGGGACACGGUCCGAUUGACUCGCACGGCAACCAGAGAUAGAGUUGAAGAUUUUUUUUUUAAGUAAAG